GUUACUCAUUCUUUCAUCGAUAUAUUUGUGGUUGGUGAAUGUUUACUGUUAUGCUGGAGAUAUAACUUGAUAAAAAUGCCUAAUUUUAUAGACAAUAGGCAGUCGGUAAAGGUGACAGAAGGUGUUUUAGAAUCCAGUCUUCUUUAUCCUUACGACUACGAUUCUUUUGCUGAAAAGUUAAAUGAUGAAGAUAAAAAUUGGGAUUUGGAGAGCAUGAUAUCAGAUCCUUUUGAAACGCUACAAAAUAAUUUGUCAGGAAAUGAAGCUGAAAAGUCUAAUGAUACAUCAUGGGAUGCUAUCAAUGCAUGGCUGUUUGACUCUUCAGAUAUUUUGACAAAAGAUAUAAAACAAGAGUCGUUGUCCCCAACACAUACAUCAUCAUCAUCAGUUGUCUCUGAAAUUGAGAUUGAAAAUGGUAUAGCUUCUGCACCUCAACAGGCAGUUCAAACUUUUGAUAUAAACAACUUGAUGAGCCCACUUGCCACUCAGACCAAUAUAACUGCACCGCAGCAUUGUAUUUCUAAUGGUGAUCUGAGCAUGAAUGCAGCAGAUAGCACUGUGCAGAUGUUGAAUAAUGCAAUUCACCAAUUAUCUGCAAGUUUGAAUGAUUCCCAGUACAAAGUUUAUCAGAAAUUCAUUCCAAUCAAACCAAAGGUAGAAAAGCCUGACAUUGUGGAUGAAAAGCCGCCUGUUGCGAUUUCGAACAUUACUUUUCCUUCAAAAGCAUCUCCAUCAUCACCUAAUAGCAUUGUAACGGAUCAACUCGCUAAUCAAAAUGAUAAACCAAAAUCUUCAUCAAAACGGAGAUUGAAUUCAGAAACAGACUUUGAGCAAAAGAAGUCAAGAAAACAGAAUCGAAUGGCAAGGAACAGGGAAUCUGCCCUGCAAUCGAGGCAAAAGAAAAAGGAGUGGAUGCAGACAUUAGAAAUGAGACUUUCUGCUUUGUCAAACGUCAACUGCCAAUUGAAAUUCGAAAAUGAUGCUCUAAAAGAGAAGAUAAGAUCUCUGGAAUCAGAGAACUCUGAGUUGAAGACAAAGAAGCAAAUAGACGUUCCUGAUUUGGCUAAGAAGACUUCAUGUGUUCUUGUUCUUUUCGUGUUUCUCGCUAUCAACGUGAAGCCAUUAAGCAAUCUAUCGUCCAUGCAAGGCGAUUCGCUGCAGCCCUACCAGAGCCCAAUGCGCCAUGGCCGUUAUUUACUGGAACACAGCAAGGACACGGACCAAGAAGCAGUAAACCAGAACAUUGCUUUCAAUAAAGAGGACUCAAAGCGACUUGCUUCCGAUGGUCUUAUGGAUAUUUUAGACAGAAAUGUCAUUCGAAAGAUCAAGAGGUUGUACCGGCUUCAAGACAGGAUUAAAAGAAAGGAAAUUGCUGCAGAAAUGCACAGUGUCUCUAUGCAACAGAAAGCAAACGAAACCAUGGAUGAUCCCAACUGCACGAUGAGUUGUAACAAGACGGAAGUUGUCAGGCUAAAUGAGGCACUAGAACGCCUUGUCAAAGUACCUAAAAAGAAAACCAAAAAAUCAAAAAGCAAGAAACUUUCAGAAAAGGCCGUGAAGUUAAAUGCCUUGAAAACAUUACUGAUGCCUGGUGUCAAUUGCUCUGACUCCGCUAGUAAUACUGCCAACUGCUCAAGAAACAUGACAAGUAGAGGCAACACAUCUGUUCGUAGACAGCCUCCACCUAUAAGUUCCAAUAACCGUGUGACCAAGCCCAAUGAGCUGCAAACAAUUCAGUAUGACUGGAGUGUUUUCGAAAGAUUUCAAAAAUCAAUCCACCGUGAACCAGAUACGUUUUACUUCGUCUCGUUUAGAAGGGAUCAUAUAUUGCUGCCGCCAUUGCAGUUAAACGAAACGCAACGUCCUCGUGUUUCUUUUAUCUUCCCAAACUCGAACAAAACACACUCCAUUUGGAACAGUUCUGACGAAAAAGUUUCUUUGAUAAAGAUUGACUGUCAAGUUAUGGAUACAAAGAUUUUCCAGAUCUCGAAGCAAAACAUCCCUAGAUUCAAUUUACCACUGAGCAGCUUCUUUCUGAAACAAACAUGAUCGAUUUUUCAAAGAGAACGUAUUUUCUUAAAUUGUUUCAUAGUAUGGUAGUAACUUUAGAUUAAUAUCAAUUUAAGAUAUGUUAUUGGAAUCCCAUCGCACUUUAUGUCAGUUUGUUUUAAAGCUAAGAAGAGCUUCAGUUGAUUGUUAAAGAGUUUUGUUCCUAUUUGUUACAUAUUUCUUUGAAAUUGUCAGUCUUCGAUUUUUGCACUGUUUUAGUGAAAUCUGUAAUGUUGAUGUUGUAGUUAAAGAGAAUUCAAUUACGUUACCUUG